CACAAGAACUAAAAGUUUUCUUAUAAUUCAAUAGUAAAUGAACAGAAAUUCCAUUGAUUUGAUUUAAAAAAAAAUAUAAUAGAAAUAACAUUAUAAUUAUAAAAUUAUAAUAUAGUGUAAAUUUAUUACCUUAUAUAUUAUUUUGAAUAAUUAAUAUGAAAUUUUAAGGAGUUUUUCUAAAGGUAUUUAGACAAAAGAAAUGUGGUUAUUUCAAUAACUAAAUUGGAAAAAAAUCGCCAUUUUACAUUUUGGGAUCGCGCGUACCUCAAAAAGACGGCCAAAUAUUAAAUUGAAAAUAAUUUUAUAAUUUUAAUUUUUUUCAUUUUGAAAGAUAAACAAAACUUUUAAAAAAUAAUAUAUUAAGUAUUGUUUAUAAUUUAAUUGUACUGUUUUAAAUUUCUUGUAUUGGAAAUUGAUGUAAAGAUAUAUGGACAAAUUGGGUCGAGUUUCGUCUUUAAAAUCGUGAAAAAAACUGGUGGUAGUAGGUGAAUGAAGAAAUGGCGCAUUCAGGAACAGAAAUUGAUUAUUUAGUUCGAAAUGAGCAUGGAAAACUUAUCAAAGUCAUACAUCAUACAAAUAUAAAACAAGAACAAAAUUCAAUAGGUUCCACAGAUAUGUAUAGCCAGUAUUCCGAUUCAGGAGUUUACAAUGAACAUACGGAUUUAUUAGGUGAAUCAAAUUAUGUAAGAGUACAAAAUUAUAACUUUCAACAAGCAACAAAUUCAGGAUAUUCGGUUGUGCCACAGACAACAAGCUCAGGACGUACUAUUAAGCAAACUAGUGCAAGUAUGGCAAUGAAAUCAAAUGAGGCGAAAGUGAAUAAAUAUGUAGCAAAUAAUAGUAGUCAUACACAAACCAGUAAAUCAAAACCUACAGUACAAAGUUCAGUUUCAAGACGCCGUAAACCUGAUAAAGUUGGAAGAGGCCUAAGGCAUUUUUCAAAUAAAGUUUGUGAAAAAGUUCGCGCAAAAGGUACAACAACAUACAAUGAAGUGGCCGAUGAAUUAGUCAAUGAAGAAGUCCAAAAUCAAGUGACUUAUGAUGCAGUCAAUUGUGAUCAGAAGAAUAUAAGACGACGUGUAUAUGAUGCCUUGAAUGUUUUAAUGGCUAUGAACAUUAUUUCAAAGGAUAAAAAAGAAAUACGCUGGAUUGGUUUGCCUACAAAUUCUGUCCAACAAUGCAGAAAUUUGGAAAAGGAAAAUCAAAAACGUAGAGAACGAAUAGAAAGAAAACAUCAACAGCUUAGGGAACUCUUACUGCAAAAAGUGCAAUUUCAAAGUUUAGUUGAAAGAAACAAAGAGGCUGAAAGACAAGGCUUCAUACCGGCUUCAAAUUCAUCAAUUCAGUUGCCAUUUAUUAUUGUAAAUACGCACAAAAAUACUAAAAUAAAUUGUAGUAUUUCACAUGAUAAAUCUGAAUAUCAUUUUGAGUUUAACGAUAAAUUUGAAAUUCACGAUGAUGUAGAAGUGCUGAAGCAUAUGGGCUUAGGGUUAGGUCUCGAUAAGGGUGAGUGCACAUAUGAAGAUGUUGAAAAAGCUAAAAGCAUGGUACCGAAAAAAUUUGAACAAUAUAUCGAAGCUUAUGGUUGCGGUCGAGAUGUUGAUCUAAUUGCGGAAGACUGUUCCUAUAUGGAAGAAAAUUCUCAACAAGCUUUGUCAACACGGACAAUAGAUCAGUCUUCAGAACAAGGUGAAUAUGAUGAGGAUUUGAUCUCAGAGUCUAGUGAAAUUGAAUAAACUUUUAUAAUUUUAUCCACAAAAUUAUUAAUUUGUACUUUUUUUAGAUUAAAAAAAGAAAUGAUUUUUUUUUAGUACUAGUUCUUUGUUAAUUUAGAAGUUCGAAAAUCUUACUCAAUUGAAUUACAACAUCAAUAAAAAUUAAACUUGCAAGUUGAUAUAAAUAUCAAAAACUAUUUAACACCACUAUUUAAUUUUUUAAUAAGCAAGUGUUUAUUGUACUUUUCUAGAUCUAUACAAAAUAAUAUGAAUAACAAUACAGGUAUAUUAAAUAUAAAUGAAAAAAUAAUAUACAUACUUUACUAUUUAUGUUGAACAUUUAAUUCUUUCAUAAGAAGCUUUUGUCUUUUUUAAAAUUAUAAAUAGUUACAAACUUAAUUUAGACAAUGAAUUUAAAAUCAAAGCGCUUUCAACAAUAUCGGCAAUAAAAAAUUGCAAACUCAUAGAAAACACAUAUUAUUUUUAUACAUAUUUUUCAACAUUAUUUUAUUGGAGAACAUCUUCGAGAGUUAUGUAUAUUAAAAUUAUAUAAGUACCGAAUAGAUUUUUAUUAAAACAAAAUAAGUAAAUUAUUUAACUUGAUUUUCGAUACAGGUUUAUUUUAAUAACAUUUAAUUACGUUAGACCGUGGAAUGCAUGUCA